AUGAUUGACAGGAUCAAAAUUAUAACGUGGAACGUUGGAUCUACGGCCCCCACUCGAGAUUUCAUCUCCUGGCUGGCCUGCAGUGUUCAGGAAGGAAACAUCGACAUGUAUGUGAUUGGGCUACAGGAGGUGUGCAUAUUGCCAAAAAUAAGGCUGAAGGAAAGCACCUUCUCACAUCAGUGGAAGAAGCAGCUGUCCCAUGCACUGGCUCCCUUCGGAUACAGUUUGGUUAAAUCUCAUUGUUUAUUGGGCAUUGUGCUGAUGUUGUUUCCCAGAUGCCAUCACAUGCCACACAUCCGCGGUAUCAAGUCGGGCUCGACGGCCACUGGCAAGUGGGGAUUCUGUUGUAACAAAGGGGGUGUCUGUAUCAAAAUGACACUCUAUGGACAUGCUUUGUGUUUUCUGAAUGUCCACCUGCCACAUCAUAUUCAGAAAUAUGAAGCCCGUAUACGAGCUCUGAAGAAAAUUACCAAAAGGCAGUUUCCUGGAAAGAGUCCCUAUCAGGACUUUGACAAAACUACUGCCUUUUUAUUUGGGGACUUGAAUUUCAGAAUUGAUGAUCUUGACAUCAACUUUGUAAAGAUGAAAAUUGGUGAGAAAGACCUAUCCAAGCUCUGGGAAAGUGACCAGCUAAACAAAGCGAAAAAAAUAGAAGAUAUUUUUGCUGGCUUUCAAGAAGGGGUGUUGAAUUUUCCCCCCACAUACAAAUUUGAUGUGGGAUCCAACGUUCAUGACACCAGCAUGAAGAUGCGUAAACCAGCAUGGACUGACCGAAUUUUGUGGAGAAUAAAAAAUGUCACAACAGCACAUCUACAGGGUCGGUCACCAGCUGGGAGCAACAUCUCUGUCAUCCAGGAGUCUUAUGAAAGCCACAUGCAAUUCCAGUCUAGUGACCACAAACCUGUGUCUUCUGUCUUUAUGGUUAAGUUAUUGCAGAGAAGAAGAAGCUCAGUGAUAUAUGUGCGAAAAGGACGUGUGAAAAAAGCAAUAUGGAGUCCUAGCGGCCUCUCCCCUGUUUCAUUAAACGUGACCACUUGAUCUUCGCACACUACCAAGAAUGACAUUAUUUUGAGCUUUUCCACGAACGUAUAUUGCUUUGUCUUACUCCUUACUACUCCAUUUACCAGGAAGAUAAGCCCGGAGACACAAGAGAACCAGAUCAUUGCAACCAAAGAGUCGUCCCUACUUGCCUAAGUGAGACUGUACCUACAUUGUUCAUUUAUUUUCACCAUACUCCCAAUCUGAAGAACACAAGGCUGACCCAUUUCAUCGAAACUUGGUGUUUGAAUUCCUGAAGUGAAUGCAGCACUCCAGGUCUAACUUCAUAAUCUUCUGUGACAAUUCUUCGCACGUUUUGGGUGUUCCUUCAUCGUUCCCAUUUAUUCUGUAAUUCCUGCAUCAUAUUUACAAUCAUAUUUAUUUUCGUAGCAGUGAAAAAACUGAAUCCAAAGAGAUUUACAAAUCACAAUACAAUAGAAAUACUUGCACUUCUAUAUUUUAGAAAGGACUAAUGGCUCCUUCAGUAGCCACUACUGGGCCAUAUUGCCUGUUUCACGACUCCCAUUUUCAUGGUUUUGCACCAGUACCCCAUGCUCAAUUGGUUUUGCACCAGUAUCGAAUGCUCAACUCUUUCCUCAAUGUGCAUCUGGAGAAAAAAAAUUGAGAAUCUGACAGAUAGAAGUACAAUGAUAACUGAUGCUAGAACCUUCUGGAAAAAAGAAGAUUUUGUUAGAUUUUAUCAAAAUGGCAGUUACAUUGGAGCAGUGGUUCUCUCUGCUUCUAGAUGACAUAACAGUGACAGGAGCCAACAGGAAAGGCAUAAGGGAGCCCUGUGUAGGAAUGAUGGGAUUACCGAAGGACCUGUAGAAGUGGUCUGCAAGAUGACAGGUACCAAACACCUCCUGAUGAGGGUGAUUCAUUAUUUAUUCUGCAUAACGUCAUCAAUGAGUAAUUAUUAUCAUGCAUGUUUUGAGUUCUUUCAGUAUAUUUCAAUGAGUGAGGGUUUUAUUCUUUAAACUUCUGACCAUUUUCUAUAGAUCAUGGUAGUCAAACCUGUGAACUCCUCGGAGACAGCAACAUUUUAAAUAGACUUCUUAAUGUUCCUGCCAGGCUAUUUGGUACAUCAACAAUAUAUGCUUAUGUCCGUAAAGUAUAAAUGUAUUAUUUUUUUAAUAAAUAUUUAAAUUGACAAUU